AUGGAUGAUCUUGCUUCAAAGUACCUCACAAAAGUGUGGAGAGAAACACUUAAGAGAGGUGGUCUCAUUAAUGGGAUUGCUCAAAUAAGGAAAAGACAAAGUGAGGAAAAAGUCAAAAACUUGAGGAAAUUGCCUAGAAAAGACAAGUAUGAGAUUGAUGGUGUGUGGUGGUAUGAAUAUGAUCAAUAUUCAUUAAUGCAAUUAGAUAAACAAGUGACGAGGCUGUCUGGAUUUUCUACCACAACUCACACGUGGUCGGGAUUUUCCACCACAACUCACACGUGGUCGGGAUUUUCCACCAUAACUCACACAAGGUUGGGAUUUUAUAUCACAAUGACUCACGAGGUCAGACUUUUCUACCACAACGACUCACACGAGGUCGAGAUUUUGUACAACGACCUGAAGGAGUAA